AUGGCAUCGCCGAGCAAAUCCCACGGCACGGGCGACCUCUCCCCGCCGGCGAACGCCGUACUCCACCAGCCUGUCUCCCCCAGAUUCCCCCCUGGCACGCCCACCUCCGGCGCCCACCGCAAGAUCGCCAUCGCCGUCGAUCUCAGCGACGAGAGUGCCUUCGCCGUCAAGUGGGCUGUCAAGAACUACCUCCGCCCCGGAGACGCCGUGAUCCUCCUCCACGUCCGGCCGACAUCCGUCCUCUACGGCGCCGACUGGGGCGCCAUUGAUAUCACCGUCGAGGGCGCCGGCGACGAGCGGUCGAAGCGGAAGCUGGAGUCCGAUUUCGAUAACUUCACCGCCAGCAAGGCGAACGAUCUGUCCCAGCCCCUGGUCGAGGCGAGUAUUCCGUUCAAGAUCCACAUCGUGAAGGACCACGACAUGAAGGAGAGGCUGUGCUUGGAGGUGGAGAGGCUGGGGCUGAGUGCGGUGAUCAUGGGGAGCAGGGGGGUCGGGGCAUCCAGGAGGAGCAGCAAAGGGAGGCUGGGGAGCGUGAGCGACUACUGCGUGCACCACUGUGUGUGUCCAGUAGUAGUCGUGAGGUUCCCAGACGAGAAGGAUGGAGGGGCCAAUGAUUGCGGGCCGGGCUCAGCAAAGGCGGCUGAUAAGGAUGCAUCUGGACUGCUUCCAGUACUUGAGGAGGAGGAGCCGGUGUAUCUUGAUGCUUCAGAUAAGAAUCCAGAUACAGAGAAGGCAUCAUCUUGA